UCUUCCAAUUAUUCUUACUUUGCUUUUGUCCGGACACUGAAAAAGGUGCACACAGAGAAGAAAAAAGUAAACAUCUCUAUUUAUAUAUCCAUCUAUAACGGUUACAUAGAUGCUCAAUUACCCCAAUCCAAAGCCGACUCAUCAAUCGCCGCCGCGAAAUCAAGAUGGGUUGUGGGCAAUCCAAGAUCGAGAACGAAGAAGCCGUGGCGCGCUGCAAAGAGCGGAAGCAGCACAUGAAAGAGGCUGUGGCCGCUCGUAACGCCUUUGCGGCGGCCCAUUCCUCCUACGCCAUGUACCUUAAGAACACCGGCUUAGCCCUCAGCGACUAUGCCCAGGGCGAGGUUCAGAAUCCUCAAUCGAUCCAGGUUCAAUCCAAUUCCUCAUCAGUUGCCGUCAGCGGCGCAACCCCAUUCGCCGAAAGCCUUCCUCCGCCGCCGCCUCCGCCUUCGAAUUUACCGACCUCUCCGCUCCAGCGCGCGGCGACCAUGCCGCCGGAGAUCCAGAUCUCCCCACCCGAAUUUAAGCCAAAACUCAAGCCCAAGACCAUCGUCGAAGAAGAAGACGAGGACGAGAACGAAGAGAACGAAGGGUCUUUGAGAAGAAAAAGAAGUAGUAGAAGUAACAGAGGCGGGAGUAGUAGGGGGGUCGAGGAGGUGGUGGUACCGCCGCCUUCGCAUUCGCAUGUGAAUGGGACCACCUCAACGACGUCGUAUCAGCAACAGGAGACUUUUGAAUACUUCUUUAACGUUGAUACUAUGCCUGGGACGCUAAGUGAGAUGGAGGAGGUUAAUAUUACGAAAGAGGAUAUAGAGCGUAAUGGGUAUGGCAAUAGGCCCAAGAUUGUGGAAGAAGAGGAAGUUGGGAGUAAUAGCAAGGUUGAGACGGAGCCAAUGCCGGAGGUGGUAGCUGUGGAUGAAGCUCCUCCUCCGCCUCCUCUGGACACUCCGCCGCCGCCUCCGGAUGCUGCUGACGCUGUUGUUGCUUCUGCCAAUAGUAUGAAGAAGGGGAAGCAAGCGGGGUCGAGUUCAGGGGAUGCGAAAAGAACGGUUAAGGGAAAUGUUAAUUUAACAAAAAUAUUUUCUGACCUUGAUGAUCAUUUUCUGAAAGCUUCUGAGAGUGCCCAUGAGGUUUCAAAGAUGCUUGAGGCGACCCGGCUGCACUAUCAUUCGAAUUUUGCUGAUAAUCGGGGGCAUAUUGAUCACUCUGCUAGAGUAAUGCGUGUUAUUACAUGGAAUAGGUCAUUUAGAGGCCAAUUUAAUGUUGAUGAUGGAAAUGAUGACUUCGAUAAAGAAGAGAAUGAAACGCAUGCCUCAGUUUUGGAUAAGUUAUUAGCAUGGGAGAAAAAGCUAUAUGAUGAAGUGAAGGCAGGUGAGGUUAUGAAAUUUGAGUACCAACGGAAGGUUAACUCACUUAAUAAGCUAAAGAAACGGGCUUCCAACCCAGACGCAGUGGAGAAGGCAAAAGCAGCAGUAAGUCAUCUGCACACAAGAUACAUUGUUGACAUUCAAUCCAUGGAUUCAACAGUUUCAGAGAUCAACCGUUUACGAGAUGAGCAGUUAUACCCAAAACUUGUUCAGCUUGUUGACGGGAUGGCCACUAUGUGGGAUACCAUGCGAUAUCAUCAUGACUAUCAAUUAAGAAUUGUCCAGGACCUCAAAUAUCUUGACAUCUCACAAAGCCCCAAGGAAACGACUGAGCAUCACCAUUCUCGUACUGCGCAGUUGCAUGGUGUUGUGCACGAUUGGCAUUUACAGUUUGAGAAGCUUGUAAAUAAGCAAAAAGAUUAUAUAAAAGCCCUAAACACUUGGUUAAAGCUUAAUCUUAUUCCAACUGAGAGCAGCUUAAAGGAGAAAGUUUCUUCGCCACCAAGGCCUCAAACUCCCCCCAUACAGAAACUUCUCAUUACUUGGCAGGAUUAUUUGGAGAAAGUUCCAGAUGAGCUUGCGAAAUCUGCUAUUUUCAACUUUGCUGCCGUGAUAGACACAAUAAUGCAUCAUCAAGAAGACGAGAUAAAACUCAGAGAGAAAUGUGAAGAAACCAGUAAAGAGCUUAGCCGGAAACAGCGGUCAUUGGAAGAUUGGUAUCACAAACAUAAAGAGCGUACAAUACCAGAUGAAGGGGAGCCUGAUACGACAGAAGAUACCAUUCUUGCCGAAAAGCAGUUCUUGGUGGAGUCAGUGAAGAAGAGGCUGGAAGAGGAGCAAGAAGCCUACCAGAGGCAUUGCCUUCAGGUGAGGGAAAAGUCAAUAGUCAGUCUCAAAAGGAGCUUGCCGGAGCUUUUCAGGGCACUGUUCAAUUUUUCCCUUGCGUGUUCAGAAAUGUAUAGGGACUUGAGUUCCAUAUCGCAUCCUCGGCAUUGAUCGAAGUGAGAGCUCCCCAUAAUAAUGGCCUUGUCUGUUCAUACAAUUGUGGUCACUUCGAGUACCUUUUCAAAAUUUUCCGUCCAGCAUAGUUUAUUAAUGUGUUUUACACUAUUUUUGGGCCAAGGAUGUGAUAUAUUACUUAUAAAGCUCAUGCAAUUCUUUCUAUGGGACAAAACCUUGAAAAUCAUAUUGUAAGUUGUGUUAAAUAUAUAUAUCUGGGUUGCUUCAUAAGCGCAUUAGUCUU